GCUGUCUGCGCGGCCCGCUGUGCUCCGCCCCGUCCAAGAUGGCGGCCCUGGCUGUAAACAAGGCUGCGGCUGCGGCCGGGCCGGACGGCGGCCGCGGAGCUGGGAACAGCUGGGGCCCGACCGGCGCCGCCGUGAAGGUUCUCGAGUGCGGAGUCUGUGAAGAUGUGUUCUCUUUGCAAGGCGAUAAGGUUCCUCGGCUGCUUCUGUGUGGCCAUACUGUGUGCCAUGACUGCCUGACCCGGCUUCCCCUUCACGGCAGGGCUGUCCGCUGUCCUUUUGAUCGGCAAGUUACUGAAUUGGGAGAUUCUGGUGUCUGGGGACUGAAAAAGAAUUUUGCUUUGUUGGAACUAUUGGAACGGCUGCAGAAUGGGCCUCCUGGACAGUGUGGGACAGCAGAAGAAGCCAUUGGUCUAUCUGGAGAGAGUAUCAUUCGCUGUGAUGAAGAUGAAGCCCAUGUUGCAUCUGUUUAUUGCACUGUUUGUGCCACUCACCUGUGUGCAGACUGUUCUCAGCUUACUCAUUCUACAAAGACACUAGCGAAACACAAACGUGUACCUCUUGCUGAUAAACCUCAUGAGAAGACCAUGUGCUCCCAACACCAAGUGCAUGCUAUUGAGUUUGUUUGUUUAGAAGAGGAUUGUCAAGCCAGUCCUCUCAUGUGUUGUGUCUGCAAAGAGUAUGGGAAGCAUCAAGGUCAUAAGCAUUCUGUCUUGGAACCAGAAGCAAACCAGAUUCGUGCAUCCAUUUUAGACAUGGCCCACUGUAUAAGAACUUUCACAGAAGAAAUCUCAGAUUAUUCCAGAAAAUUAGUUGGAAUAGUUCAGCAUAUAGAAGGAGGAGAGCAAAUUGUUGAAGAUGGAGUUGGAAUGGCCCACACAGAACAUGUACCUGGGACUGCAGAGAAUGCUCGCUCAUGUGUCCGAGCCUAUUUUUCGGAUCUUCAUGAAACCCUCUGUCGACAGGAGGAAAUGGCUCUUAGUGUUGUUGAUGCUCAUGUGAGAGAGAAAUUGAUUUGGCUUAGACAGCAACAAGAAGACAUGACUAUCCUAUUGUCACAGGUUUCAACAGCUUGCCUUCAUUGUGAAAAGACUUUACAACAGGAUGACUGCAGAGUAGUGUUGGCCAAGCAGGAAAUUACAAGACUGCUAGAGACAUUACAGAAGCAGCAGCAACAAUUUACAGAACUUGCUGACCAUGUGCAGCUGGAUGCUAGCAUACCUGUCACUUUUACAAAGGACAACAGGGUACAUAUUGGACCAAAAAUGGAAAUUCGAGUUGUGACUCUAGGAUUAGAUGGAGCUGGCAAAACAACUAUUUUGUUUAAGUUAAAGCAAGAUGAAUUCAUGCAGCCAAUUCCAACAAUAGGUUUUAAUGUUGAAACAGUAGAAUACAAGAAUCUGAAGUUUACUAUUUGGGACGUUGGAGGAAAACACAAGUUGAGGCCCUUGUGGAAGCAUUAUUACCUCAAUACCCAAGCAGUGGUGUUUGUUGUUGAUAGUAGUCACAGAGACAGAGUCAGUGAAGCACACAGUGAACUUGCAAAGUUAUUAACAGAGAAGGAGUUGCGGGAUGCCUUGCUCUUGAUCUUUGCUAAUAAACAGGACGUAGCAGGUGCACUUUCAGCGGAAGAAAUUACAGAACUGUUGAGUCUCCACAAACUCUGCUGUGGCCGUAACUGGUAUAUCCAGGGCUGUGAUGCUCGAAGUGGUACAGGACUUUUUGAAGGACUAGACUGGCUGUCAAGGCAGUUAGUGGCUGCUGGUGUCCUGGAUGUGGCUUAAUUUCAGAACAGAUGUUUGUAGGUUACUGUUUUGUUUUGUUUGCAUGAUUUAGGAUUUUGUAACCAAGUCUGCUGUCUGAAGAGGGGACAGCUCUGCGGUUACAGAAAAAUGUAAGAGUUCAUGCAAGAUUGGAUAAUUGUUUCAGUAAGCUUGUGCAGUUAGUCUUUUUGAAACUUGGUAUGUGUACAAGUAGUUAAAUGGGCUAGUUAAAUGAGUGCCUUGAAAUUCUUUUUGGUGGAAUUAGCUUGUUAAGAUUUUAAAUUCUUAUGAAAUACGUUAUAAUUUAUGUAAUAACCAUAACAAGGUUACGGUAGUUAGUUGAUGUCAGAAAAAUUCUGAGUGAUUCAGAAAUGCUUUCCCAAGAAACUACUCCAAAAUUCAUAGCAAGCUAUUAGAAUAGCCAGCUCUGGUUGUGAGCCAGAAACAGAUGAUGCUUCUCUUAGAACUAAGAAAGGCAUUCAUCUGAAGCUUGUGUUGAAAAUUACACACAGGUAUAAUGCUAAUGGUAAAUGUGUCCUGCAUUAUUUAUUAGCUUCCUUGUUGCUUAUUGUAAGGAAGCACAACAGGGCAGAGAAAACUGAGAGUGGGGAACAGUGUCGUAGAACGAUGCAGCCAGGUGGCAUUGUUUAGCUGGCUAUUUCCAAGGGGAUUUUUUUUAGUGCUUUUUUGUAAGUCUACACAUUAUAAAUUAUUUAUGGAUAGAACAAAGUGAUAUUACAUUGAAAAUGUAUUGUCAAUGCUUGAGGAUGUAAUCUGCCUUCAGAGAUUAAUUUUAUUCCUCAAGAAGUCAAGUGAAGUUUAGAAAAAAAAUGACAAAACUCACACCUUUUUAAAGAAGUGUGGUGUAAUAUCGGUCCAUCUGUGUCCUCUUAUGUAGAAGUCAAGCCUCCAGAAUAAGGUAGUGGCCUUUACUUACUAGGUAGUGUGAUGUAAAAAGUGUUCACUAAUUACAGCCUUUACAAGAUCAGAUGGCAAAAUAUGAUGGAAAAUUUCUGUAUUUAGAUGAAUUCUUACUCCGUGUUCCACAUUCAGCUGUGUCUUCAUUUUCAGCAGUCAGUCCUUCAUAAGCUCAUGAAAUGCAGGUGUGACACUUUAAAUUUAGAGAAGGUUGUGAUCAUUAAGAGGCAUCUUCCUUAUCUGCAACACAUACAAUUCAGAUAACAGUUUUUUUUCUGACUGAUAUCCAUUGAAGAAUCUCCUGACCUCCUCUUCUAAUACGCAGUCACUGCUGGUUGAAGAAACCAGCACAUGACUCUCUUCAUCUCAGUAGGAGAGAUAGAAAGAACAAAGCCAAUAGAUCAAAACAGGAUAGUGUCACUUCUCUUGCUGCAAUUGAGGUGAAUAGGAGGAACCAGGUGGUAGAAGUGAUCAGCCUUGUUUCACAGAUAGGUAGGAGGAAUUUUCUGUCGUAGUAAAAAACACACUGACCAGUGAACCUCACCCGGUAGAGAAAAUAUAUUUCACAAUCUAUGACUAUGGCUUUCUUGAUAUUAUAGCAGCUUAAUGAUCUUUUCCCACUACGUACCUUAGGUAAAAACCAAGAAUGUAUAAAUAAAUAAUAAAGUAUGCUUGCACUUUUCUUUGAGAGGAAGCAGUUAAAGCAGCUACUUCCACAUAAUGACAUUUGUUCUUAGUUUUCUCAUUUCUUGUAUCUCAUGUAAAUAACAUGAAUUGUAGCUUCAGAUUAAGCAGGUCAAAUGACUUGGAAUGGUAGCUGAAAGAACACUAAGCUUUAAAAUAGUAGAAAUUUCUUAAAAGGGCUUCAGUGCCUGUAUAGGUACUGAGAAGGGGUAAUAACUCUUCCUGCAGAUAACCUUAUAAAUCUAGAAAUAGUUUACAAUGGGCGGAAGGAUGCUUUUCCAGCACCAAGCUGAAAAUGGUUCUCCUUUGCAGCCUGUAAGUUCUUGCACGGUAUGCUGCUGGCUGCUCUCGACUUCGGCAUCUGCUCAGCCUGCAGAGCAGUUUCAGGUCUAGUUAGUGCUGACUGUCCCUUCAUAGCUCUUAUUCAAGUACGAACAAGUUCUGCUAAGUGUGGUAGGUACCUUUCUCUGGAAUACGGGGAAGACAUCUGUUAUUUAGAAAAACUUGAACCUGUACUUUUGUUAUAGUGGGCAUAUGCCGGUUUUACAUUCCCCUUGAACUGUGAUUCUAAAUCACUGCUUUAAGAUGUUCAAAGUUUGUGAGUUGUGUUCUUAUUUGUUGUUUUGGUUUUUUUAAGUGUAUAUUUGAGGGCACAGGAAAAGUACUUGUACAUCUUUUUGAGCACAAAAGAUUGCUUGCUUGUGAUGUGUGGAAUACUACCAUAAAGUGUUUUUUAGUGGAAUUUAUUUAAGAUGACUUCAAGUAACUGUGAAGGUAUUGCAUUUGUCUGUGAACUCUUGAGUGUAAACUGGUGCACUAAGAGGUUUGUCUGUAUUAUAAGUUAAUAAAUACUAUAUAUAAACUGCUUCUGUUACAAAUUUAAGCUUGUUUCACCAGUUCUCUAGAACUUGAGUUUCAGUGUACUGACUUGCGCAAUGGAGGAUUCCCUCAACUAGAACUUACUCAAGCAUUUCUAUGAGGAUUAUUUGAAAAGACUGAUUAACACUUUGUGGGGAUAUUGAGUUAUUUGUGAAAUUAAGCGAAUGCAACAUCCAGUGACAAUGUUGUGGCUUUCUUUAAAGACUCUUGGCUCAGUAACAGUGUGCUUAGGAUAACUGGAAAAACUGUGGUUUGUCCCAUCACAUGACGUGGUGAUACCGUAUGCAUCUUCAAACUUAUUGUGCUUUGUGUGGUACGUGAGGGUUUCCUUCUGAGACAGUUUAAUUUCUGAACUGUUGGAUGUUACCUAAUGACUUUUGAAGAGAAAGGGCUCUGUUAAUGGAAAUAAUUAAUGAGCUGCUGCAGACUGAGUUGCCCAGAAAAAAAAGUAGUGAUAUUUUUUUUCAAUAAAGUUAUCUAAAACUUCUGGA